CUUCGAGCUCAGUAUACAUCAAAGCUGCAAGGCGGGAGAUUACUCAUCGAGAAAGAGAGAGAAAAGAAAAGAAAACGAGAGAAAGUGCAGAGAAAAUGGGACAACCCUCGCAAGCAAUCAUUCCCUUUUCUGACUCGCUCGAUCUCGACACCAUUCGCAGUCGAAUUAAGGAGCUCGAACAUAGUCAUAGAACUUCUAGCUAUGCUUCUGAACUAUUAUCUCCUUCGGAUUCGGAGCAAUUACUCAAAGAUUUUGCUCCUCAGCUCCAGAACAAAAUCAGUGAAGUUUUAUCAGAGUUCUCUGAGGUGGGCUCCUUAACAUCUGAAGAUUUAGAUGCAUUGAAAAGGGAGCUUAACUCGGUGGAGGCUGAGAAAGUGAAAAUCUCUAAUGAAAUUGAGGAACUUACAAGGGCUUAUGUUGAAGAUUCUAAUCUAUUGGAUAGUGAUCUUGAAUGGUUGAAUUGUUCAUUGGAGCUCAUUCCAUCCCUGGGUCUUGAGAAAGCAAAAGCGAAUCGCGGUUGCUUUGCACAUGGAGAAGAUCAAUCAAAUUUAUUAAAUGCAAAUGGAGACUGCAAGUUUAAGAUUUGGGAACUCAGUAAUCAGAUUGAGAAGAAUAAAUCAACUUUGAAGACAUUGAAGGACCUUGACUGCAUUUUUAAAAGGUUUGAGGCCAUCGAAAAGAUUGAGGAUGCAUUGACAGGUCUUAAAGUAAUUGAAUUUGAAGGAAACCAUAUUAGGUUGUCGUUGAAAACAUAUAUGCCGAAUUCAGAAAGGUUAUUGAACCAGCAAAAAUUUGAAAAUAUCACUGAGCCACUGGAACAGAAUCAUGAAUUGCUAAUAGAAGUUGUGGAUGGGACCAUGGAGCUAAAGAAUGUUGAGAUUUUUCCAAAUGAUGUGUACAUUGGUGAAAUAGUUGAUGCUGCAAAGUCUUUCAGGAUGUUAUUUUCACAUUUGUCAUUGCUGGAGACUAGGUCUUCUUUGGAGUGGUUUGUAAGAAGAGUGCAAGAUAGAAUUGUUCUAUGCACACUAAGACGAUUUGUGGUGAAAUGUGCAAAUAAGUCGAGGCACUCUUUUGAGUACUUGGAUAGAGAUGAGAUAAUUGUGGCUCAUAUGGUGGGUGGUCUUGAUGCUUUCAUUAAGGUGUCACAUGGUUGGCCAUUGUCAAAUCAUGGAUUGAAGCUGAAAAGUCUCAAGAGCUCAAGUCAGUAUUCAAAGGAAGUUUCUUUGAGCUUUCUUUGCAAGGUUGAGGAUGUAGCAAACUCAUUGGAAGCGGAUGUUCGGCAAAAUGUUUCAAGCUUUGUGGAUGCCAUUGAAGAAAUACUCAUGCAACAUAUGCGUGCAGAACUCCAACACGAUAAAGACACUGAGAAAUGACUGCUUUUGCACUCCUUUUAUCUUUUGUUUAGGACAACUUAUGCCUUGAUGCUGUGUGUGUGUUAUAUAUUACAUUGAAUUUGCAACUUUGUAUGUUGUGACUGGCUUAAAUGCUCAAAAAGUUACUCUCAAACAUUCUUCAUGAUGUACUUUUUUUGUUCAACUUUUCAGGUUUUAUAUGUAUGCAGUAUCCAACCUUGUUUUACACA